CCGUCACUUUUUGUGUUUGAUUUAGUAAUGCUACCGCAAAUCGCCUAUGUUCAUGAACUUGACAUAUGAAAAUAUAUAUCUCGCUUGUUAAUGCUACUAUACAGAUACUGCUUGUAGUGUAAACAGCAAUUUAUUUUUAAUGCGAUAAAUAAACCGGGGAGUGCGUGUGUCACCAGGAACAGCGUAAAUAAGUUGCCGAUCCAGAAAGGUAGAAUCUGCUGAUGUUAUGAUCCUGUCGUCCUUCUAAACUCGUUUUUCUCGAUCGUCAUCCGCAAAUAUGGCACCAGAGAAGAGCUUCAAGGAAAGAAGGAGCUUCGCUGCAAGAGUCCGUGAUGUUGAACAGAUCCGAUCAGAGCAUGCCGACAAGAUACCUGUGAUCAUCGAGCGCUACAGCGGGGAGAGACAGCUCCCUCUACUGGACAAGACCAAGUUCCUGGUCCCUGAUCACGUCAACAUGAGCGAGCUGGUUAAAAUCAUUAGGAGGAGACUACAGCUGAACCCAAACCAGGCCUUCUUCAUGCUGGUUAACCAACACAACAUGGUGAGUGUGUGCACGCCCAUCUCCGAGGUGUACCAGAGAGAGAAGGAUGAGGACGGCUUCCUCUACAUCACAUACGCCUCUCAGGAGACAUUCGGUUGACGUACUGGAAAUCCUCCAAACUUUCCCGGUGGUGUUGUUUUUGCAAUGAUCUCACUACUGCUUAUUUAUCACACAGUGAAUAUGUUGUCCUUGCGCACUACAGAAUUGUCAGUCAAUCAUGAAUUCAAAACUUGGUGAAAACUCCUUUAUCCUCCUACUGUGAAAUAAAACCUGAGAAAGUAAAUGAAUUUACAGUAGCUACAAGGUUUAUUAUGUAGUUCAUAUCAGUUGGAAUCUAUGGUCUGUAGAUGUUGAAUAAAUCAGCUGGAAUGGUUAUCUAAGGA